UAAUCGAUGCAUUUGGAAAGUUAGACGAUACUGCAAGAUUAUGUCUCCCCACCACCGUUCAUAAUUACCUUUUCUGAGGGUUUCAUGUUUCAAUCAAACCCUGGUCUCUGUCAUUUCUCGUUGGCAAGCACCGGAUGGAUUUCAUUGGAAGUAAUCUUCUUCUCGAUGUCAAUUUCUUUGUUUGUUUCACUUUCACCAACUUGGUUGGCAUUUUACUCGGUGCUCAAUGAAGUGCUCAUUAGAAUCAAUCUAGUCUUCUGAAUCUUGACUGCGAAAUAAGAUCAGAUCAAUUAUUCUUCAGUUUGUAGAGGAGUUUAUUUGUUGCCUUAUAGAAUAUUCUUUAGCUUGUUUUAGAAGGUAUGUAAAUCAUGUCCAGGCUUCAUUUUCUUCUUUGUGAAGAUAUUUACAGAAUAUUCCCUACCAUCUUUGUCUGAAACCUUUGAUUUCAUUGAAGAAACUAGAAAUUAUGACAAACCAAUUAUUAUGAUAUCUUUAAAUUCAUCUAAUUUUCCAAAUUUCCCAUGGAAAAUAGGAAAUGUACUUUUCUCUUUCAAUCAAAAAGUGGCGGCCAAAAGAUAUAUUAGAUAUGUAUAUGCUGACAGUAACAGGCAAACUAUAUUUUAUGAUACUUUCUCAAUGUACCAAAUAUUUUGUUGAUCAAUACAGUGAAACAGGAAUUCCCACAUGGUAAUAGGUUGCACCAUGUAUCCACUUUUGCCAGUCUGCCUGUCCAUAGCAAAACCUGAUUUGGCAGAAUCAACACGGUGUAAUGGGUAUAUUUCCCCCUUGUUUGCUCCAUCCCAGACAUACUCCUAUUUAUACACCUCUGAACCCCCAAAUGGGAAAUUGCACAUCGUUUACCUUUCUCUCUGGAUGAUUGGUUAAUAGACGGGAGCACUGUUAAUCAUUUCCAUGGAACUUCCUCUCUCUAUUCAUGCUUUGUUUGUGUUUGAGAUUUGCUUCUCAAUUCUCAUGGUAUCAUGCAAGUUAAUAGUCAUGAAAGCAAGUGAAUAUCCAUCUCCAUUUCCAAGCAACUUCCUGUUUGGAACUGCUUCAUCUUCUUACCAGUUUGAAGGAGCUUUCUUGAGUGAUGGAAAAGGCCUCAACAACUGGGAUGUUUUCACUCACAAGCCUGGUAAUAUUCUGGAUGGAACUAAUGGAGAUAUUGCUGUUGAUCAUUACCAUCGAUAUCUGGAGGACCUAGAUCUCAUGGAAGAUAUUGGAGUGAACAGCUUUCGGUUCUCUAUAUCAUGGGCAAGAAUUCUACCUAAGGGGAGAUUUGGAGAAGUGAAUAUGGCAGGGGUCAGGCACUACAGCAAACUGAUUGAUGCACUUCUCUAUAAAGGGAUCCAACCUUUUGUGACAUUGACUCAUUAUGACAUCCCUCAAGAACUUGAAGAUAGAUAUGGAGCUUGGCUAAGUCCCAAAGUUCAGGAUGACUUCAGAUACUAUGCAGAUGUGUGUUUCAAGUACUUUGGGGACCGAGUGAAAUAUUGGGUCACCUUCAAUGAACCAAAUGUUGUCGUAAUUCGUGGUUACAGAUCAGGGAUCUACCCACCCUCUCGUUGCUCCGGCUCAUUUGGAAACUGUACAAAUGGAGAUUCAGAGAGAGAGCCCUUUAUUGCAGCACAUAACAUUAUCCUGUCCCAUGCGGCUGCUGUUGAUAUUUACCACACCAAAUACCAGAGAACACAAGGAGGUGGCAUAGGGAUUGUAAUGAAUGCCAUCUGGUUUGAGCCCAUCAGCAAUUCAUUCGAAGAUAAGUUGGCAGCUAAGAGAGCUCAAUCUUUCUACAUGAACUGGUUCUUAGACCCAGUCAUACUAGGAAAAUAUCCAGAGGAGAUGCAUGAGAUUCUGGGACCAGAUCUGCCCGUAUUUUCAGAAAGUGAUAUGAAGAUGCUGAAGUGGGGAUUGGACUUCAUUGGUAUCAACCAUUACACUAGUUUUUAUGUCAAAGACUGCAUAUUCUCUUUAUGUGAACAGGGACCAUCUAGGAUAGAAGGUUUCAUUCAGAAGACUGCACUGAAGGAUGGAGUCUUUAUAGGAAAACCUACUGCAGUCGACUGGCUAUAUGUUCACCCUCAAGGAAUGGAAAAGAUUGUGACAUAUAUCAAGGAUAGAUACAAUAACACACCAAUGUUCAUUACAGAAAAUGGUUAUGGUGAAGGGAGCAAUCCCAAUUCCACAAUUGAAGCUUCCCUUGGUGAUAAUGAAAGAGUGAAGUACACGAAUGGCUACUUAAAUGCCUUAGCAGCAGCAAUAAGGAAAGGAGCAGAUGUGAGAGGUUACUUCACCUGGUCCUUGCUCGACAACUUUGAGUGGAUAUGUGGCUACACUAUAAGGUUCGGGCUUCACCAUGUUGAUUAUGCCACUCUAAAGAGAUCUCCGAGACUGUCUGCAACUUGGUACAAGCAUUUCAUUUCCAGCCAUAAGGCUAAGACUUACCUCUCUGCCCAGAAUCUAUCAAAGAAACCAAAUAGAUAUUGGGUUUAA